UUAAAAAAGAUUAAAAACGAAAAUACUGAGAGGGACCCAAGCACCUUCUUGAAGCCUAUAAAUAGUCCUCCAAGUUACCAAUCUUCUGCAAUCUGGAUUAGAAAGAGCAGAGAGGAUGGAGAUUCCUGUGAUAGAUCUUGAUGAACUCCAUGGUGAGAAAAGAAGCCAAACAAUGGCACUACUGCACGAAGCUUGUGAGAAAUGGGGUUUCUUUCAGGUUGAUAACCAUGGAAUUGACAUGAAGUUGAUGGAGAGGGUGAAAGAGUUGGUCAAUACAUAUUAUGAGGAAAACUUGAAGGAAAGCUUUUAUGAAUCUGAGAUAGUUAAAUGCUUAAAGAACAAAGAAAGUAUGUCUAAUAUGGACUGGGAAAGCACCUUUUUCAUUUGGCAUCGCCCCACAUCCAACAUCAAUGAAAUUCCGAACCUGUCAGAGGAACACUGUAAAACAAUGGAUGAAUACAUUGCUCAACUGAUUAAGCUCGCGGAAAAGCUUUCUGAGCUCAUGUGUGAGAAUCUUGGCUUGGAGAAGAACUACAUCAAGGAAGCAUUCACAGGAUCGAAAGGUCCUGCGGUGGGGACAAAAGUAGCAAAAUACCCUCAGUGUCCUAAUCCAGAGCUUGUGAGAGGACUCCGAGAACACACCGAUGCGGGUGGGAUCAUACUAUUGCUCCAAGAUGAGCAGGUCCCUGGCCUUGAGUUCCUAAAAGAUGGAGCAUGGGUACAGAUUCCACCCUCCAAGAACAACACCAUCUUUGUUAACACAGGUGACCAAGUGGAGGUAUUGAGUAAUGGUAGGUAUAAAAGCGUUCUGCAUCGUGUACUGGCAGAAAAGAAUGGGAGCAGACUUUCCAUUGCUACAUUCUACAAUCCUGCUGGCGAUGCACUCAUUUCUCCAGCUCCCAAACUAUUGUACCCCAAUCACUACCGUUUCCAGGAUUACCUGAAGCUUUAUUCAACCACAAAGUUUUCGGAGAAGGAUCCGAGAUUUGAGUCCAUGAAGACAAUGGCUAAUGGGCACCGUAAUCUCCAUGUCUAAAAGUACCACUUACUUGGGUUACCCUGAAUUGCUCACUCCUGGUUUGUUUUUUCAGUUUUCUUGCUAUGUUUCCUACAGUAAAAGAUGCAUUAUAUUUUUCUCCUGCAAGCAAAGAAGUUUCAGCUUUUAUAAUUCCAAUAAAAUAAAAGAAAAAGAAUGCUUCC